CCCCCCCCCCCCCCCCCCCCCCCCCAAGCGUCAACACACAUAUUCUCGCAAGCUGCCUCCGAAUCCCACCAGCUUCGAAUAUAUCCGAUUUCCCCACCACAUAGUCACAGACCGGCCCAAAAAAGUAUGACAACCCGCAGCAAAGCAGCUUCCUCCAAAGCUUCUUCGUCCUCCACAGCACCACCACCACCAACACCACCAGCAGCAGCAGCUUCAGAACCUACCACCACCGUCUCACCCGCAAAGCCAAAAGACACCCAACAAAAGAGUCCAACCACAGAGACUUCUUCAACAACCACAUCGACGACGACAGCAGUACCAACGCCAGCACAAGCGAAAGCGACCGCGCCAACGUUUGCUAAUAAGGGAGGAUUGAGUAAUAGUGCGAAGAGAAUCCAAAAAGAACUCGCCGAAAUCUCUCUCGACCCCCCCUGCAACUGCUCCGCGGGCCCCAAAGGCGACAACCUCUACGAAUGGGUCUCCACCAUCCUCGGGCCCUCCGGUUCCCCCUACGCCGGUGGGGUCUUCUUUCUCGAAAUCAGUUUCCCGCAGGAUUACCCGUUCAAGCCCCCCAAGAUCACGUUUCGGACCAAAAUCUAUCAUUGUAAUGUGAAUGCCCAGGGGGCGAUCUGUUUGGAUAUCUUGAAGGAUAAUUGGAGCCCGGCGUUGACUAUAAGUAAAGUCCUUUUGAGUGUUUGUUCGUUGCUUACCGAUGCCAAUCCUCACGACCCACUGGUGGGAAACAUUGCCCAACAAUUCCUGCACGACCGGGAAGAACACGAUAAGACUGCCAGGGAGUGGACGAAGCGAUAUGCUUGUUAGGGAAUGAUGAUGGAUACAAGGGCGAUCAUUGCGUGGGGCUUGGAGAGGGAUGAGAUUAGAGGAUGUGGUUAGGAUAGCGUAGGGCGUGGCGAGGGUUGGCUGGGGAAUGGGAAUGGGAAUGGGAAUGGGAA